AAUAAUGAAAGGAGAGAAAAACAUAAAUUUUGUCCUCCAGUCCAAAACUUAUCAGUAGGAAGUAGAAUAAUGAAAAGAAAAAGAAAUCCUCAAUCUUGUGAUUCCUGUCGUAAAGAUAAAAAAAGGUGUUCUGGCGGUGAAAACGGUGUAAACUUAUGCAAUCGUUGCCGCAAUAUAGGAAAAGAUUGCUCUUACUUAGAAGAAAUUGGACCUUUAGAAGGUCAUUGUGAAAAUCAUCCAGGAUUUGAAAAUGCAAAUGAUGAUAUUUCAUAUUUACAAAACAUUCCUAACGAAUUAUUACCAAAUUAUAAUAUUCUAUAUCCGCAAGACGGUUUUAUUGAUUCCGAUGGAUCAUCUGAAUAUUACGGUUUUGGAAAUCUGGCCAACAGUCCUCAUAACACUUCACAAACAAACAUGGCUCAAGAACACCAAUAUCCACAAUAUUUAACAUCACCAACAUUAAAUGAAUAUCUUAAGAAUCUUUUGAUGAAGUUACAAUCAGAAUCCUCUCAAAUGGAAAAAAUAUCUGGAGGGCAAGCCAACAACCUAGAAUUAUCCCCAUUGGACCAAUUAUCUG